GACUCCACAGUGCCCGAUAUAACGAGGUCUUGGUGUGGCUUGAUGCCCAGGCCUCUGCAGGCCAGCCGGUCGACCUACUGUUCAUGCAAGAAACUCACUGGAAGCAGGACGAAUAUGUGGCGACGCCUGUGGAAGGGAAGGCCCUACAGUACCGGGUCAUUCACUCAGCAGGAGAUGACAAAGCUGGCUUGAUGUGCAUGAUCCGAACAGGUAUAGUACCGGACUCCCACAUCAGACACCAGGCGCUGCUUCCAGGGAGACUACUGCAUAUUAGAUUGAUGCUCCCCACACCAGUUGAUAUCAUGAACACAUACCAGUUCGCUUGGAACAUCAACAAGGCAGCCAAUGUGGGAUACGACACGAAGCACAAAGUCGACACCCUGAUGAAGCAAAGAAGGCGGGUCUGGAAACACCUGGAGCAAUGGUUGAGGGGCACUCCAAACCGACAUGGAUGCCUAAUCGUGGGUGACAUGAACACACCGAUAACCUCGGAACAGCCCAUCUCGGGCACAGGAAUUGUGGACCCCCAGAAGGCCCAGCAGCAGGACCAGGAGAACUUUCAAGAACUUCUCAGGUCGCACAAUUGCUCAGUGUUGAACUCAUGGUCAGCAUCGGGCUGGAAGGCACGAACGUUCAUACCUCCGGGACCAGAUGACAGAAAGCAGGGAACUCAAAUUGAUUUCUUCAUUGCCAGGGGUGUCAUGGAUACAGCACUGUCGCGGAAGGCGGCCCCAUUCGAUGCCCCGUUCGUGCCAACCACGGGCUGCAGACACAGACCACUGCAGGCCAUGUUUACCUUGCCGAGAAUUAGGUACCACCAAGGACCACCGAAACAUUCCUCGCAUCAGGUCAGGGCCUACCUCAAGAACCCCCAGCGGGCCAUGGCCAUGCUGGAGCAGAUUGCCGUGGACCUAGACCAAGCACAGGUGAUGGGUGAUGUAGACCAGAUCCUACUCCGAGGAUGGGAAGUGGCCAAACAAAGUGCUUCCAGGCAACAGGCCUUGGCUGCACUACAGGAUCACCAGGUCAACACGAGGGACAGAGUCCUGUACAUGUGGAGAUUGCGAGCUGACCUACGACAACUUGGGAAUGCCCCCAUCGAGGCAGACGAAGGCAGGGACCUCAAAAGCAUCUGGGAUUCGUGGUCAAAGGCAGCCAAGCUGCAGAGGACUACUAGACAACUUCGCAAGGACUGCCGACAGCGAAAGACACUCAAGAUCCUUGAUGCGGUCCACUCAGACAAUGUCUUCACAGCAGCAAAGCGUUUUGCACCAAACAGCCCAGCGGAGUUCGAUCAGAUCCGCUCGUACUUCAAGGAGCUGUUCCAGGGCCCAGAAGGCAAACCAUGUAAGCUGCCCGAACAGGUCCAGUUCACGGAAGCAGAGGUAACACCACUCCUCUGCAAGCAGUUUUCGGAAGUUCUGGUGGCAGGAAAGUCAUUGACCUCUCCGAGCCAACUUCGCCCGAUCAAUUUGCUACCGCUCCAGGCAAAGGUACCACAGUAUGCCUACCUCCAAGGACGGUCCCUUGGACAGGCCCAAACCUGCAAUCCACAUGCCAAGAAAGAUGGCCACCGCCUGACCCAGGUGCCAGACUCACUGAUCAGCCUCAUCAUGAUGAUACAUCGGGAGGCACGCAUCAAAAUUCAACACUGUGGACAAGAGAUGGCGGUGACCUACAGGGCCAUCAGGCAUAUCAUGGAAAGCCUGGGCAGGCAAGGCCUGCAACUGAGCCUAGACAAAACUGUGAUUGUUCUGGGACUCAAAGGUAUGCAGGGCCAAUUCAUGAAGUUUCAGAUCGGGGGCGAGGCUGCCUAUGUGAAGAUUGUCAAGCAACACCUUUACUUGGGAGCACAGAUUAGUUUUCACAAGUAUGAGCAGGCAACGGCCAAGUACAGGAUGGGGCUUGCCAAGGGAGCCUACACCAGGCUGGCGCCGGUCCUGAAAUGCAGAACUGUGCCACUCAAGUUACGUCUUCAUCUAUGGCAGGGCACGAUUUUGCCGACCCUCCUGCAUGGCCUGGACUGCAUGGGGCUGCUCACCACAGAGGCUGCGCAGAUGAUGACCAUCUUCUAUCAGCAAGCCCGAGCGAUAGCCAAAUCCUUCAGCAUGUACACACAUGAAACCAACAUGCAAUUUGCUCGAAGGCUGAAGCUCGCCAGCCCGAUCCAACGACUGCUCAAGGCGAUAGACAGCCGUGCAACGACCGAUUUAGCUCUCAGCCCGAAUCUCCGUGCAGGUGAUGUGCAACUUCAAUGGCUUCACUUUGUGAGGGACCAGCUAUGUGAGGAUCAAGCAACCAUAGUGAAGCAGAGCGAGGUGGAUCAGACGAACGGCGAGCACCGGCAGAAGUACCACAAGGGCGGCCCCAAGGGAGUGAAAAGGGAGGGCGAACUGAUGGACAUGGACCCGGCUAAGCUGAGGGCAGCUGUCAACAUGCUCACCACCAUUGUGAUCCGGCACGAGAACCAGCACGCGAUAGCCCGCCAGGACACAUCGUAUGUGCUCUUCGUCCGCACGGACGUACCCGACUCCCUAGCGAAGUCCACAUAUGCUCUAGCACAACAAUGGCAGGAUACGAAAGCCAAAACACCGGAGAAACUACGACACCCGAUGCGGGUCAUCCUCUUCCAGCAUGUGAUAAAGGUCACGAUGGAGAAGUUCGAGAUGAUGGUGGCAAGCCCGUCGUCUCGCUCAACGGCAGCCUCCAUGGAUUGGAUGAGUACGGACGAGCAAAAGGUGAAUGGGCUAAAAUGGGACCCGGAGACUCGCAAGCAUGUGAAGGACGACCAAAUUCAGCCCCUAGGGGUCCAGGAGAUCAGGGAGGCCCUACAGGAGAUCCUGGCAGCCUGUGUCGAGCCCCUGGUUGUCGCUCGGUUCCAUGCCACACGCAAAUUGGCUCAGGAGUACACCAGCCAGAAUCUAACGAUGAUGUUGGAGAUUGGACUCAGGACAGAGCAGGCCAAUCUGGUGUGGCGAAGGUUGAACCAGCUGGAGAAGUCGGGAGUAUGGGUGGCAGCAGGAGUCUUUCUACGACGAGAAGGCAUGCAGAGGAGUGCUUUGGUCCAGCAGCAUGAUGGGGCGGAGUUCAUUAUGUUUCUUCUCAACAAGCUGCCCUUCACUGCAGACCGUGCAACGGCAACCUGGCAAGCCAGAAAACAGGAUGGUGAAACCUACAGGGAACAGGAUGCAUUGCAUGCAUUCAGCAUGAAGUACCGAUUUGAGCUGAUCCCGGAUCUUUGUAUCAAGGAAUAUGCAACCUGCAUUCGCGAAGUGGCAAUGACUGAGGGUUUCACGAUCUCCUCCUCGUCGACGGUCCGCAAGAUACAGACGUCGGAGCUGGUGGAGGUCCUGGCGGGCCCAGAAGAGGAAGGCGGAUUGAGGCUGCGGGCCUAUGUUGUCAAGCGGGAUUGGGACCUGGGAGGCAAAGAAAGGUAUACAUUGAGGAUGGAUGGAUGGAUUGUCCUGCAUUGUCAUACGGCUCAGGACGAGGAGUCGAAAGUCCGCCGAGUGCGCUGCCGAGCGCUGAAGGACGCGGCGGAGGGCUGGGUCGCGGCCACAGUUGCAGAGCUGGGGCUCGCUGGAAUCAAGUUCAGGGACAACAUCCCCUUGUGGUUUACGGAUGUCGAGGGGCCUGCAACAGAAACUGAGCUACAUAAUGUCAGGUUCUUCGGAGGCAAGGGCUUCUGCCGGGGCCACGAUGUACGGUUGAGUUUCUAA